AUGAACCUGCUGUUAUUCGACAAAAAGAAGUUUGAUCGGCUCUACAACUGCACUUUAUACGAUGCCGGCUACUUUGAUGCCGUCAAGACUCCGAACGCCUUCGUUGGAACGCUCUACAUCUUCGCCGGGAUCGCCUACGAACUGCUCUACAUCCCAUGUUUGAUCACCAUGUCCAAGGAGAAGUUUCUCAAGUCAUCGUGCUACAAAUUUAUGUUUUUCUUGGGUAAGAAAUGUCUGGGAAGACGAUAAUCAAUGUUUUUGUAGGGAUUAUUGACAUUUUGACCAUCCCGUUCAACGCCACGUUGUAUGGAUGGUUCGCUUUGCAAGGAGGGGUGUUCUGCGACAACCCAAUGUUGGAGUAUUUCGCUGGCGCGCUCACUACGGGUGAGUGAACCGCAGUUUGUGCGGAGACAGACAUUACGAGCGAGGUGCAAAGUUGUUGCAAAAAAAAUCCAAUAUACAGCUGGGGACCCGAUCCAGUGGCAAAAAACGUACCAUUUUGCAUCCAGGAAGCAACAAAAAAUGUGGCAAAAUGCCUCCGUUUCUAAGUAUUUGUGAGGAAAAAAGGCGCGCCCUUCAGAGCAAAGUUUUUUCACAUGAAGAGGGAAGCAUUUAGACACAUUUUUGGUACUUCCCGGAUGCAAAAUGGUACGUUUUUUGCCACUGGAUCAGGCCCCCACUGUAGUACACAUGUAAAUACAUAUCAAUCCGCCGGGAAAAGUAUGAGAACUCCUCAAAAAUCGCCUCCGAAAAAAUGAAUUGUGUCGCGACAAAAUCAAAUCGCUUUUCACUUCAGCGACAUAAUUAGGGCAUCCAUAUUGCGCUCAUUAUUUCCCCGACAGGCUGAUAACCCAAAAUCUCUUUUCAGCUCUCUGGUGUGCAGCCAGCAUGACGUGCGUUCUCUUGGCCAUAAAUCGUCUCUGUGACCUGGCCACUGUGAAUCUGAUGCAGCUCUUCUUCAGUGGGCACAGAACCUAUUUUUGGUGCAUCUUGCCUGUCAUUUACUUUUACUACUUCUUCAUGUACACCAAGCCGUUUAUGUCCACGGCCGCCUUCUACGCCGGCUUCAGCAACCCUUACGUUGGAACGGCCUUCCAGGCGCAGACUGAUGCUGAGGUAAGGGAGUUGUCAAUUUUUGUGAUGGUAUCAGUUUGUCGGGAAAAUAAUGGGCACAAUUUUUCUGUGCCAAUCAUGUAGCUGAGGUGAAAAACAAUUUGAUUUUGUCGCAACCCAACAAAUUUCAUUGCCGGCGUUGAUGCUAUUUUUGAUGCGACAGAGUGCUCAUUAUUUUCCCGACAGACUGAUAUCUUGCCUCAAACUAAAAGAAAGCUACUGUUUAGUACAUGAACCUGUCGUUGAUCAUCCACAACAUUGUCAUCCCCAUCUCCAUGGUGCUGAUUUACACGUUCAUUUGCGCAGUGAUGAUCUACAAGACGAUGAAACAGAAGUCGACCGGAGAAAGCGGGCUUUCAAAGCAUCAGAAGACGGUGGGAUAUUUGGAUAAAAUUUUGAGAUAAAAUUUUUACUUUUUUUUUAAAUUUUUAAAUUCUUUUUUAGGCCAUCAUCCAAUCAAGUUUGCUGUGCUCGGUCUUCGUCAUGGCACCGGUCAUCUACGAUUACAUGAACUAUUUCGGAGCGCCUCCGUUUAUGGUGGUGAUUGGGCAGAUUUGCUGGCAAUCUUGUCAUGGUAAGGUCGAAAGUCUAUAUUUUCAGUCUGUCGGGAAAUAAUGAGCACUUUGUCGUAUCGAAAAUCGCAUUGCUACGGGAGAAAAUGAAUUUUGUUGCGGUAAAAUCAAACUUCUUUUUUUACCUCAUCAACACGAUCGGCACGGCUCAUUAUUUUCCCGACAGACUGAUAUUUGGUGGGUCGAAAGGCUUGGAUUCGUCAAGCCUCAAAAUCGCCCAUCUUACGACGGCUAGAGACUUUGUGCGUGACGGCGACAAGGCAUGAAAUUUUGUAGCGAAAACCCCAUAUUAUUUUCCCGACAGACCAAUUUUUACCUCCUUUGACUUUAUACUAUAUAGCAUUUGACGGAUUACGGGUUGUUUUGGCCGCAAAACAUUCGUUAUACUUUUCAGGAAGCGCGGUCAUAAUCUACCUAAUCUUCAACAAGAGCCUACGUGAUGAAAUGUACAGAACGUUUGUGGGAGGGCGAAUAAAGGUCUCAGUUUCUGCAACAAAGCCGCAUACAGCGACGGCGUCUGGGAAUCGAUCAUUGACCUAA